AUGGGCCUCGGUUCCCGUCUGGCGCAGAUCAUACUGUUCCCUCUUAUGGUGGGAAUGGAUUUUGGAUCAGCUGAAUCUCACAACCUAGUUCCCUUAGCAUGGAGAGACUAUUCUGAAAUUCUCCUGGGAUGUUCUCACAACCAGUGUCUAAAUAAUUGAAUCUGCAUUCCUCACUAUUAAAAUGGCCAACAUGGAUUCAACUGCCUGUGUUCAUCUGACUACACAUGCCUCUGUGAAAUUUCCACCGCAAUUUUUUUCAAGGGUAAUGGCUUUCUCUGAAUUACAAAUGGUUAUGUGACAAACAGAAGGCUCAGGUUUCAGACCAUUCAGACAAUGACACAUUUACUUUUCCAAGGUAAUAGGGACAUAUACAUAAGGAUAGGCAAACUGCAUAUUUGCUUAUCAGUUCAAGUUAAUAAUAAGUCAAAGAUUAUUCUGCACAUUGCCCACAACACCAGUGAUGGGGACUGGCAUUCCAUGGAAGUGAUGUAUGGAGAGGUGGUGACCCUUGCUUAACUGGACAUCUUUUGUGUAGAGCAAUGCAUCCUUUAAGCUCCUUCUCCAUUUGAAAGUGUGAUCUGUGCUUUGCAAAAUUCCUUUUUGGGUGGUUUGCCAUUGGGAGCAACCAGCAGUGGUGUUUCUCUGCUUCAUAUUUAUUGUAUACCAUCAUGCCUUUGUUUGUAGGCUGUCUCCAAGAUAGUAAAAAUGAAUUUGAAUCAAGUAAUCCCAGAGAACAUUUCAUGAGGCUCAUCAGUCAAUGUCAAGACAGGCUGUGAGAGAAAAGAUUGGUGUGAACAACCAUGUCAAAACAGAGGAUGCUACAUCAACAUGUGGUUUAGUUAUUGAUGUGAUGGCUACAGUUCUCCAAAGUGCAAAGUAACACAGGAGCAUGGCAUCCUUCAGCAGAGAUUUGGCAUAAAUGACUCUACGGGAUAUUCUGUUUUUAAUCUUGAUGAGACAGGAGAGAGCUUUUCCAUCUCUAUGUUUGUUCAAACACCUGGUUUACUUCUUGCUUUGGAGAAACAGUGCUUACCAUGUACUCAUGUCUGACUGAAACAUGGCAGACUCGUAAUGUUGCAUCCAAGUUCUCCCAAAUUAGCAGUCAACUUUGUUUUUUGCAUUGGUAAUAUUAAAAGACAAUAAAAUAAAAUUGAACUGUACCAAGCUUCACAAAACCUAGAAUUUAUUUUUGUUCCUGCAUGGAAAAUCCAAAGAGGAGAUGUACUAUACAUUGGUGGCCUGCUUGGCAGACAAGAGCCUGGUGUAUAUUCUGGAUUAUUCAAAGGCUGUAUCCAAGAUAUGAGAUGAAAUAAUCAAGAUCUGGAGCUCUCCCCAAUUUUAAGGAUCAGUUCAUCAUAGAAUCCAAUUCUUGAACAUAUGCAAAGUAAGUUUAAACAUACCAAAAAUGGAAAUAUUACCAGAGAGCUGGUCAAUAUCACGUUUGGUUUCGGAACAAGGAAUAUGAAUAUGAGCAUAUUGUAUGCAGAAGAGUCUGAAUUGAUUGACAUUCAAGAAUCCAGAUUAUUAUUUCAAUUGCGAAGUAGCAAUAAUUUUUAUAUACUGAAUAUGACAAGAUUGGAGUUAUUAAAUGAUGGUGGAUGGUACAAAAUGAUUCUUUCUGUGACUGACCCCCUAUCCAAAUGGCAAAUGGAAGUGGACAACCAGACAUCUUUUAUUACCAGUGUAGUUGCUUCCGGCAGCCUUGGCUAUUUAAGGGACAGUACAGUCAUUCAUGGAAAGGAAUGAACUAUUGACAAUAUGCCCGGAGCAUGAGGGUGUCUAAGUACAAAAUACAUCAAUGGCGAGUCUCUCUCUUACUUUGAAAAUGUUCAUGGUUUUAUGAACAAACCCCAGGCAGAUCAGUUCCUCAAAAUCUCAGUAAAUUCUGUAGUAAUUGGAUGUUUGCAACCAAAUGCCCCCAAUUCCAGUUGUUGUUUACACAGAGGAAAUUGUGAAGACAUCUAUAGCUCUUAUCACCCCUCUGCCCCUGGUUUGUCAGGCACACACUGUGAACUCAACAUUGAUGAAUGCUUCUCAAGCCUCUGCAUCCAUGGCAACUGCUCCAACAGAAUCACAGCCUAUCAUUGCAUGUGUGAUCCUGGAUACACCAGUAUGAACAGUGAAGCAGAUAUGAACUAUUGCCAGAGUCAUCCAUGUGCCAAUGGGGCCACCUGCCUCAGUGAUGCCAAUGGCUCUCCCUCUCUCUGUUUGGGAAAUUUGAUGGGAGGUAGCUGUGGUUGUUACUUUUAUCUCCCUGGACACACCAGAUGACCCUCAACAGUCUGUGGGAAUGAGAAGACGAAUCUCUCUUGCUACCAUGAAGGCAACUUCCCAGAGUUCCAGGGUGAACUGAAAUGCUUGUGCCAGCCAACUUUGACUGGGGAAUGGUGAGUCACGUGAACUGAAGAGUAUGCCUCUGUUCCAUGCCAAAGUGGAGGCUGCUUCCAGAAAUGGUUCCAUCAAUUCCAGUACUUCAGUGAUGUGAGCUUUGCUGCUGAAUACUGCAAGGCAGAUGUGAACAGCUUCUCCUUUUAUAUCUCCCUCCUGCUCUGGCAGAUCCUCUUUCUACUUAACCUUGGUCCAGGAACACAUUCAAACAUUCAGUUUGAACUGCUUUUCCGUUUGCCUCCAGACCACCUUCAAGUUCCCAAGCAUUUUACAGUGAAUCUCACUGUAAAAAAAAUUAAACUGAAGAGCGAAAAAAGAUUAAUUGCCUCGAAAAUGCACAAGUAA